ACUGCAGAUCUCUUCACUGAAUUACAGCUUUACGUACGGAUUUUAGCUCUUGGAAACCGAGCUGCUAUUUGGAAACAAAAAAGUUUUUAGCGCUAAAGGCAGCGCCGCGCGCGUGUGUGUGUGUGUGUGUGUGUGUGUGUGUGUGUCAUGUGAUCAAUGGAUCCUUCACCUGAAAGAUGAAGCGUGAACAUUAUUCAGAGCUUCAUCAUCUCUCCUUUCACUUUCUAAAAAGGAAAAACCUAUUCUUCAAAUCAGCCGAACAGUAUGAGUGUCACGUUCUGGUGCGACAAUGAGAGACUAAACAACGAAUGACGGAAAAAGCAUUUAUUUAGUUUACUGCGACAUUCAAACCAGUAUGUAAUCACGUGCCUUCAAGCCUUUAGUUUAAAAACACAGAAGUGCCAUUUUAAUCUUUAUGAAGAUGACAGAAAACCUGUAUGAGACGAAUCAGUUCACAAACCACACCAACGGGAUGUAUUUGUUCCAGCACAGCCCAAGUACGCUGGGUGCACCUCACUAUGGUGUACCAAACAUAAACUCCAUCCAGUCAUCUCCAAUGUCUCCCCGACUCAACCACGAGCUGCUAACAUCUCCCGGCACUCCAGGACAUGAACUUUCUCCAAUGCUUGAGAUGCCAAACAGCGGCGGGACUUGGGAAUAUAAUCAGUUUGGAAGGACGUCGUCAUGGGGAUCUUCUCCUCAUGAAGAACUACCCGAGACGUCUCGACUCUAUCCGUUCAACAUCACGUGUCAGAACAACUCAUCAAUGACCUGCAAGGACAACGGAAGUGUUCCCCAUCCUCAAAGGCUGGACUCGUUCUCAAAGGCCUUCCCCGCGAAAAACAUUCAGCUUCUCUUUGACGACGGCAACAGGACCAACGACAAGCACCCAGACAAUCACAUUUCAGGGGUUUUGCACAUGCCUCAAACUCUCCCAGAAGCAUCGGACAGGCAACCUUUGGAGUCUCCGGUUUUUAACCCAAUGGUCAUUCAAGGUCAGUGCGAUCAGACCGGCUUCCUUCCAUCAGAAAGCCAAAACUCAAUGCACGGCCUUUACCAAAACCAUCAACAGUUUCACUAUGGAUACCAGCAACAGAAACAGAAAUUAAACAACAUGGAGCAAGUAAACAGGAGUCUGCAAAAACCACAGAGCUCCUGGCAUGGCUAUCAAAGCCACCCAAUGCCAUACCCGAUGGCCUUGAACCAACAACAAAGAGGUAUUUUUGCGAGCAAACCUCACCUGGACUCUCAUGAACCGGCUCAAUCGCCAACCUAUGACCACCGUCAAGACUUCAAAGUCCCAGAGCAGCAGAUCUUCCCUUACCAAGACCAGCAACACCUUCGUUCGCUUUCCCAACCUGGCAAUCCUUACCUCGCGCAAGAUCACAUGCAAUCGAUUCCUGCGAAGCAAAACAACAUGUUUAACGAUGCUCGUCACUCGGCACCCAGCACACCGGUGUUCUCGAGUCCCAAAGAAGAUCAAUCCAGCUUCAACUUCCCUCUCAGAAGCGAAGACCUCUGCAGUCCGCUCUACCAAAACAAGAGCGCAGGGGGCUGUAAAACUCUUCCACAGAUGACCAUGAGGGCAGAUAUUUUUCAUCAUCAUCUCACCGCACAUGCUCCUCAGUGGUCACAGGCUCCUUCACCAGAUAUUCAAGAUGAGGCCAUUUCACCUCAUUUCAGAGCAGAACCUGGCCUGUCGAGAGAGGACGGAUCUCAUACAAAGAUGAGAUGCACUGUUUGUCACAGGGAGUUCAAAAGCCUCCCGGCUCUGAACGGUCACAUGCGCUCACAUGGAGGUCUGCGGACACACUCCACGCCCCUCAAGAUGCAGAGAGAGGGGCACAUUCACCUGUCUGAGACUGCUCAAAGCAACCCCAUCAUCUUACCCGUGUCAGUACCCGUCAAGGACUACCAGACCCCAAACAAACUCUCGCUCAGCCAUCUGUGCCAGCAGAAAGAUGAGGAACAAAGCGCUUUAAUUAAGUCUCGUGCACAGUCACCCCUCUCGUUGGUACGAAACCACCCUUCCUGUAUAAAGAGAUCUGUCUCGGAUGGAGAAUGUGCACCAAAGCAGGUGAAAAAGAGGUACCGCCACUGUCUGGUCCCAUUGAUGAUUCCUCCGCCCGGCGCCGGUCAGGAGUCCAGAGGAGCUGUGCUCUUCCGCAGUCAGCUGAGGACGGCGAGUGGCUUGGGAGACGACGUGCCUUACACCCCUCCGCCCAUGCUCAGCCCCGUACGCCCGGGAUCAGGCCUCUUCAGCGGCAUCAGUGGAAAAGCCAAGAGCAGCGAGGUCAAGUCUGCGGCAGACAGAGCUGGCGACAGGGGUGACUUUGGUGAGACUGCAAGAGAGAAAGUGGUUCAUGUAACGCCUCGGAUAAAUGUUGGCGAGGAAUUUCAAGCAAAUAUCCCAAACAUUAAGAGUCAAACCCUCGUAGAGAAAGAUACCCAUAAUGCUGUUCUUCUGUGGUCACCCACCCAAGACCUGGAUACCCCUGAUAACCAGCAAAAAGUGGACAAUCUUUUGAAAAUGGCUUGCUCUAGUGUGCUGCCAGGCGGUGGAGCAAACACAGAAUACGUCCUGCACUGUCUUUUCGAUUGCAGAGGAGAUAUUAUGAAUACCCUUGAAAAGCUUCUCCUGCCGACUCCGCCGAGAAACGCAUGCAGCCUGAAAACAAACUAUCAUUACGCAGGAUCAGACAGAUGGACGCUUCAGGAGAAACGCCAGCUGAACAAAGCACUUUUAAGCCAUCGCAAAGAUUUCUAUCUCGUCCAGAAAAUGGUCAAGACAAAGUCGGUGUUUCAGUGCGUCGAGUACUAUUACACGUGGAAAAAGCGCUUGCGCUUGGGUACGAGAGUCAGCGCGGCUCUGUGCGCACCAGUCCAAGACCAGCGGGGAGAGUGGAUGAUAAACACCACCCCAGAACAAAAUAAAGAAGCCGGCGGCAAAACCAGGGAGCCUGAAAUGUCAGAAAACCCCAGCGCAGUGUUCGCCUGUGAAGUGUCUCAGAUGAAUGAAGAAACGUGGACCCAGACCAAUCUCCGACUGCUCUGCAGCUCUCCGGCUGAAAACAGAUCAUCCGCGCUGACCCUGCCCUUGAGCUCGGCUUCUGUGAGAAGUUCUCCCUCCAACAGCACCACCAGCGGAGACACUGAAUCAGCCGUCGUCUUUCCCUGCAACGAGUGCGGAAAGGUGUUUUUAAAGGUGAAAAGUCGCAAUGCCCACAUGAAGACACACCGGCAGCAGGAAGACACUCAGUUGUGGCAGUUCUCCAGGGUUCCUGAGCAAGGUCGCGCGAUGGCAACGCCCGAAUGCCACUCCACACCACUAAAACUACCCAUGAGCCUUCAUUCUUUUACGUGUGACAGAACUGCAGGCACGAAAGCAUCCAUAAAUGACAAGUGCAGCGAGGAAAUCGAUUGUCCUCUGAAGACGCCUCCUGUCCUGCAGAGUGCGCUGGACUAUACUCCAAGUUAGAAGAUGAAUAAUUAAAUCCUAUAAUUGUGUAAAAAGCAUGUAAUGUUCUUUGUUUUCUCAGCUUUUUAUAUCCCCUUGUGCACCAUCUCGUUUUGUAUCAUAUUUCUUUUGUAAUAAAUCACCUGGUUACUCAGCAGCUAUCAAACGCUCGCUUUCAUAACAAGACUGAAUUCAGGGGGGUUCGGAAAAAAUCAUUAAACAAAUCAUUUGGGAGUCACUAAGCAAGUACGGUACAAAAAAAAUAAAUGCAUAUUAUUACAUGUUAA